AGCGAACCCCGCUAGGCGGCGGUGUGAUUCCUCCCAGUCUGUGAAGCGCACUGAGAUCAUCAGGCGAAGAAGAAAAUACAGCGAGCCACAACGUGAGAGCCAUGCCGAAAUCCAAGAGGGACAAAAAAGUUUCUUUAACCAAAACAUCCAAGAAGGGGUUGGAAGCCAAGCAAAAUCUGAUCGAAGAGCUGCGGAAAUGUGCAGACAUCUACAGAUACGUGUUUGUGUUCUCAGUAGAAAACAUGAGAAACAACAAACUAAAAGACAUCAGGACGGCCUGGAAACACAGCCGGUUCUUCUUUGGUAAGAACAAAGUCAUGAUGAUCGCGCUGGGUAAAGGACCGACAGACGAACACAAAGAUAAUCUGCAUAAAGUGAGCAAGUUUCUCAGAGGUGAAGUAGGUGUUCUGUUCACAAACAAAACCAAAGACGAGGUUCGAGAAUAUUUCAGUAACUUUAAAGAGGUGGAUUACGCUCGAGCGGGUAAUGUAGCGACCAUGGCCGUGACGCUGGAUCAGGGUCCGCUGGAGCAGUUUCAACACUCAAUGGAGCCUCAGCUCAGACAGCUGGGCCUUCCUACAGCUCUGAAGAAAGGUGUGGUGACGCUGAUAAAGGAUUUUGAAGUGUGUAAAGAGGGAGACACACUCACACCUGAACAGGCUCGAAUUCUGAAACUCUUUGAAAUCGAAAUGGCGGAAUUCAAAAUGUCAAUUAAGUGCAUGUGGAAUUCUGAAUCCGGGGACUUUGAAAAGCUGACGGACGGUGACAGCGAUGAGAACAAGAAAGAGGAAACGAAUGAAGACUCCGAGGACGGAGAAGGAAGUGAAUAAAACCUGGACACAGGCAAUGGACUUUUUUUGUAAACAUUCGUUGUGUUGAUCCAACAUAAAACCAUGAAACGUUUUAUUGAGUGUUCUUUAAGUGAGUUGCGCAUUACUAUCACAGUCAUCUGCACACUGUUUAGUUUCUAUUGUCUCGGUAUUCUACAAAAAUAUAAAGGUUAGUAUGACUGUA